GAGCACCUUAGACUACAGGUGUGAGCAAGCCCGGCUCACCAUGAGCAGCCAGCUGAAGGUCCUGGAGGGGGAAGCACAGGGUGGAGCCAGAGGACGGGCCAGGAGCGGCUCUCCAGGCACAGGUGACAGGUCUGAGAGAAGCCCCUCAACGAAGCAGGCGCCUAAGGCCGAGGGGCCAUCGGGCAGGAGAGGAGCCCAGUCUGGCAGGAAGGAGCAGGCUGGGGGCAGCUCAAGGCCAAGGUCUCCCAAGAGAAAGCACACAGAGCAUAAGAGACGCCAGGAGGACCAGCGCCCAGCAGAGAGGACGUGUAAGGAGAGGAGGAAGAGGGAUGGGAAGGCUUCCUUCAAGGAGCAGAAAGCAACCCCCAAGAAGGAGAAAGAGGAGCUGAAGGAGGAGAUGUGGGAGCAGCUGAAGAAACAUAGUGCCUCUGGUGGGGAGUCUCUGUCUGAGGAGGAGCUGGCCUGGAUCCUGGAGCAGGUGGAAGAAAAGAAGAAGCUCAUUGCCACCAUGAGGAACAAGCCCUGGCCAAUGGCCAAGAAGCUGACGGAGCUCAGGGAGGCCCAAGCCUUCGUGGAGAAGUAUGAAGGAGCUUUGGGAAAGGGGAAAGGCAAGCGACUGUACGCCUACAGGAUGCUGAUGGCCAAGAAAUGGGUCAAGUUUAAGAGAGACUUUCACAAUUUCAAGACUCAAUGCAUUCCCUGGGAGAUGAAGAUCAAAGACAUUGAAAGUCACUUUGGUUCGUCAGUGGCAUCAUAUUUCAUCUUCCUUCGAUGGAUGUAUGGAGUUAACCUUGUUCUUUUUGGCUUAAUAUUUGGUCUAGUCAUAAUCCCGGAGGUGCUGAUGGGCGUGCCCUAUGGAACUAUACCCCGGAAGACAGUGCCUCGAGCUGAGGAAGACAAAGCCAUGGACUUCUCAGUCCUCUGGGAUUUCGAGGGCUACAUCAAGUACUCUGCUCUCUUCUAUGGCUACUACAAUGACCAGAGGACCAUCGGGUGGCUGAGGUACCGGUUGCCAAUGGCUUACUUUAUGGUGGGGGUCAGCGUUUUCGGCUACAGCCUGAUGAUUGUCAUUAGAUCGAUGGCCAGCAAUAGCCAGGGGAGCACAAGCGACGGGGAGAAUGAUAACUUCACAUUCAGCUUUAAGAUGUUCACCAGCUGGGACUACCUGAUCGGGAAUUCAGAGACAGCAGACAACAAAUACGCUUCCAUCACCACCAGCUUCAAGGAAUCAAUAGUGGAUGAGCAAGAGAGUAACAAAGAAGAAAACAUCCACCUGACAAGGUUUCUCCGUGUCCUGGCCAACUUCCUCAUCAUCUGUUGCUUGUGCGGAAGUGGGUACCUCAUUUACUUUGUGGUGAAGCGAUCCCAGGAGUUCUCCAAGAUGCAGAAUGUCAGCUGGUAUGAAAGGAAUGAGGUAGAGAUUGUGAUGUCCCUACUCGGAAUGUUCUGCCCCCCUCUCUUCGAAACCAUUGCAGCCCUAGAGAACUACCAUCCCCGCAUUGGACUCAAGUGGCAACUGGGACGCAUCUUUGCACUCUUCUUGGGGAACCUCUACACAUUUCUCUUGGCCCUAAUGGAUGAUGUCCACCUUAAGCUUUCUACUGAAGACACAAUAAAGAAUAUCACUCACUGGACUCUGUUCAACUAUUACAACUCCUCCGGCUGGAAGGAUAGCGGCCCCCGGCCACCCUUGCAUCCUGCAGAUGUGCCCCGGGGUUCUUGCUGGGAGACAGCUGUGGGCAUCGAAUUCAUGAGGCUGACGGUGUCUGACAUGCUGGUAACAUACAUCACCAUCCUGCUGGGCGACUUCCUACGGGCGUGUUUUGUCCGGUUCAUGAACUACUGCUGGUGCUGGGACCUAGAGGCUGGAUUUCCCUCAUAUGCUGAGUUUGAUAUCAGUGGAAAUGUCCUGGGUUUGAUCUUCAACCAAGGAAUGAUAUGGAUGGGCUCUUUCUAUGCCCCAGGACUAGUGGGCGUCAACGUGCUGCGUCUGCUGACUUCCAUGUACUUCCAGUGCUGGGCUGUGAUGAGCAGUAACGUCCCACACGAGCGUGUCUUCAAAGCCUCCCGAUCCAACAACUUCUACAUGGGCCUCCUGGUGCUGGUGCUCUUCCUCAGCCUGCUGCCUGUUGCCUACACCAUCAUGUCCCUGCCGCCCUCCUUCGACUGCGGACCGUUCAGUGGGAAAAACAGAAUGUAUGAUGUCAUCCAAGAGACCAUUGAAAAUGAUUUCCCAACCUUCCUAGGAAAGAUCUUUGCUUUCCUCGCCAAUCCAGGCCUAAUCAUUCCAGCCAUCUUGCUGAUGUUCCUGGCCAUCUACUACCUGAACUCCGUUUCCAAAAGCCUGGCACGAGCUAAUGCCCAGCUGAGGAAGAAAAUCCAAGCGCUCCGGGAAGUUGAGAAAAGCCACAAGUCUGUCAAAGGCAAGGCCACUGUCAAAGAUUCGGGAGACACCCUUCCAGGAAGCUCCAAAAAUGCCAUCCAGGUCCAACUCACCAAAGAAGGAACCACGGCUCACCCUGGCAGCCAAAGCCAGAUCCUGGAGAAGAAGGCGCAGGGCUCGAGCGCCUCCAAUUCUGCCGACAGGACUAUGCUCCCUACCACCAGGCACAAUCCCGUCCCCCAACCCCCUGGAGUCAGGUCCAGCUCCGGCCAACUCCUGCCUCAGCCUUGGAAGUCGGCUUCUGGAAAGAGUGGGCAAAGACCACCCCCGUAACACCUGGGACUCUCAGAAGCAAGACUUCUAGGGCUGAUCCACAGGCCCCAGCUCGCUCGCUCUCUCUCUCUCUCUCUCUCUUUCUCUCUCUCUCUCUCUCUCUCUCUCUCUCUCUCUC